CAUAAACACGUGCAAUGCCGUUUCCUGCUUUUGAUAGAUGUGUUUUUUUAUGUUAAAAAUUAACCAUAAAAAAUAAAACGGUGUGUACAAGUGUGCAUCAAAUGGCCAUUCGGAUCGGCACAGAGCGAGGUCUGAUGCUGUGCGAGUUAUGCAAUCGAUAAAAAUAAAUAUGCUGAUUGCUGUCACUAAACCUUGGUGAAAAAGUUGCAGUGCCACAAAGCAUUGGGAACUGGAGAGUCUCGAUAUGGAGUCCAGCAAAUCGUUUUUCAUACGGGAUCUAUUAGGCGAUUUAAUCAGCAGCCGGCAAUGUGAACAAUCAUUUACAACCCGGCUUAAAUCGGACGAUGAAGAAAACAGUGACGUAGAUAUAGAAGACAGAUCCUCAGAUUCCGGAACCAUCAGCAAUUAUAAUUCCUACAUCGCUACCGAGAAUGGUACUAGUGAAAAUAUUCAUCGAUCAUUGCUAGCCUCCAUUGAACGCGAUUCCAAACAGGAUAUACACACACCAGCGUUAAUUAUAAAAAGUGGACGAAAGCCGCGAAGACGAAGAACGGCUUUUACCCACGCCCAAUUAGCUUACUUAGAGCGUAAAUUUAGGUGCCAAAAAUAUUUAUCGGUAGCGGACAGGAGCGACGUCGCCGAUGCAUUAAAUCUCUCAGAGACGCAAGUAAAAACGUGGUACCAAAAUCGACGGACCAAAUGGAAGCGACAAAAUCAACUUCGCAUGGAGCAGUUGCGGCAUCAAGCUUCGCUGGAAAAAAAUAUAAUAAACGUUUCAGCCGCCGCAGGUGGUAGCAUUCAGCCGAGAAAUCUGCAUCAGCAAACCGAUACUCCCACCAGUUCCUUGCCAGUUACUAGACCCGGCAAUCAGUGUUGCCAAACAUCGCCUGCUCUCGUUGUGUCAUCACCCUUCGUUUCGUCCAAUCCGUGUAGCUUUUUAACUUCCGCUGCCGCUGCCAUCUUUCGCAACGUUGCCCAACCAUGGUCAUCCAGCUCCCUGCUGUAGACCCGCAAAUCCGGGAAUAGAAAUAACAUGUAAAUUGUACAUAUAUACAAAUAUAUUUAUAAACAUCCAUAUUAAAUACGCCGCAUGUCCAAUAAAAGAAA